UAGUUGUAGUAGUGUGGCCGGCGGCAGCACGUGUGGAGGACGCAUGAAGUCUCCUUUCCCCGCAUGCGAAUUUCGAUUGUUUGCAUCAGUUUUGCCACUCCGAUUAAAGUGAUACAAGGCAGUAUCACCAACUGAAUUUCAUUUUUUAUUCGAUACUGUUUCAACUUGGUAACGUUUUUUUUACAGUGCGCAGGUCGUCGUGAGCCGUAGCCAUGAAGUACAUCCUGGUGACCGGCGGCGUCAUCUCGGGCAUCGGGAAGGGCAUCAUCGCCUCCAGCGUGGGCACCAUACUCAAGUCAUGCGGACUACACGUCACCGCCAUCAAGAUAGACCCCUACAUCAACAUCGACGCCGGCACCUUCUCACCCUACGAACACGGUGAGGUGUUUGUGCUUGACGACGGCGGGGAGGUGGAUCUGGACCUCGGCAACUACGAGCGCUUCCUGGACAUCCGGCUCACGAGGGACAACAACCUGACGACCGGCAAGAUCUACCAGUCGGUCAUCAACAAGGAACGCAGAGGAGAUUACCUGGGCAAGACUGUACAGGUGGUGCCCCACAUCACGGACGCGAUUCAGGAGUGGGUGAUGCGUCAGGCUCGGGUUCCGGUGGACGACGAUGACGUAGAACCUCAAGUGUGUGUGAUCGAGCUGGGUGGUACGGUGGGUGAUAUCGAGAGCAUGCCUUUCAUAGAGGCCUUCCGGCAGUUCCAGUUCAAGGUCAAGAGGGAGAAUUUCUGCAACAUACACGUCAGCCUGAUACCCCAGCCCAGUGCUACUGGAGAGCAGAAGACGAAGCCGACGCAGAACAGCGUGCGGGAACUACGAGGCCUCGGACUGUCACCUGACCUGAUCAUGUGUCGGUGUGCGACGCCGCUGGACAACUCGGUGAAGGAGAAGAUCUCCAUGUUCUGUCACGUGGAGCCCGAACAGGUGAUCUGUGUGCAUGACGUCUCCUCCAUCUACCGUGUUCCUCUGCUCCUGGAGGACCAGGGCGUGGUCGGCUACUUCUGCCGUCGUCUGGACCUGCCCAUCGAGAUGCGGCCGCGCAGGAUGCUGGCCAAGUGGAAGGAGAUGAGCGACAGGUCGGAUCGUCUGCUUGAGCAGGUCUCCAUCGCGCUGGUGGGGAAGUACACCAAGCUGUCCGACUCCUACGCCUCCGUCAUCAAGGCCCUCGAACACUCCGCCCUCGCCAUCAGCCACAAGCUCGACAUCAAGUAUAUCGACUCUGCAGAUCUGGAGCCCUGCACUCUACAGGAGGAGCCGGUCAAGUACCACGAAGCCUGGCAGAAGCUGUGCAGCGCCGACGGCAUCCUGGUUCCGGGCGGAUUCGGAGUCCGGGGGACGGAGGGCAAGAUCCACGCCAUCAACUGGGCUCGGAAACAGAGGAAGCCGUUCCUGGGUGUGUGUCUGGGGAUGCAGCUGGCGGUGUGUGAGUUUGCCAGGAACACGCUCGGCUGGAAAGAUGCCAACUCAACAGAAUUCGACCCAGAGUCCAAACACCCCGUGGUGAUUGACAUGCCGGAACACAACCCAGGGCAGAUGGGCGGGACCAUGCGGCUGGGGAAGAGGCGGACCAUUUUCAAGACCAAAUCCUGCGUACUGAGAAAACUUUACGGCGACGUCGACUUUGUGGAUGAGAGACACAGACACCGGUUUGAGGUGAAUCCGGAGCUGAAGCACCAUUUUGAGGAGAAGGGAUUCCACUUUGUGGGGCAGGACGUGGAGGGGGAGAGGAUGGAGAUCAUCGAACUAGACGACCACCCGUAUUUCGUGGGGGUACAGUACCAUCCUGAGUUCACGUCGCGUCCCAUCAAGCCCUCUCCUCCGUACUUCGGCCUCCUGCUGGCCGCCGCCGGGAAACUCCACUCCUACCUCACCCGGGGGUGCCGCCUGUCGCCACGGGAUACAUAUAGUGACCGCAGUGGCAGCAGCUCCCCAGACUCUGAGAUCGCCGAGUUGAAGCUGCCGAGCAUCUCCCAGGACUGAGAAGCAGAGGGGGCUUCAGUGGCUGUAACGCCCUGAUUACACACCGGUGGACAUGGCGAGGGGUCUCCUCUUCAGGGUGGACAUGGCGAGGGGACUCCUAUUCAGGUUUUAAAUACGAAAUGCCUUCUCUGUUUCCUCAUCAACUGUUGCACACACUGUGGAUCUUCACAAACCCACCAUGGUCAUUCAGACGUUUUAUUUCUGUAUAGAAGAAGUGAUUUUUGUUUUAGUUUUUUUUUGUUUGUUUUCUUUUUCAUUAUUGUGUUUACCUGUAUGAAUUCUAAAAGUGUUGUUUCCUUCUAAACCCUCAUGCCUUCCGUUAUUCUUAAAGUGUUGUUUCCUUCUAAACCCUCAUGCCUUCUGUUUGUCAAUGUUCUGUUAGCUAUCAGGGGACCUGUACUACUAAGAAGCUGCUUCAGGAGGAA